AAGAGGCAGCGGCAAUUCAAACAGGCUGGGAGAGUGACAUAGACAGAGGAAGAGAAACGCGCUCAGAAAAACUCCGAAAUUCUCUCUCUCUUUCUAUAAGAUUUCAAUUCUUCCCUCUUUCAAUUCAAAAUCCUCCGACUUUUUCUCCCAAAAUCCCAGCUUUCAAUUUCCGCAAAGUCCAUGACUUUGUGAUCCUAGAGUGAGUUAGGGUUUUCGAUUCUGAUUCAGUCCUCUGUCGCUGGCCAGCUCCAAUCGGUAGAAAAUGUCAAAAUUUGAAGGAGGUAGGAAGAUGGGAGGGGAUUCGGGUAAUGCGAAAUUGUUGAAUGAGAUUGAGACUAUAAGCAAAGCCCUGUACGCAGGCAAAAGGCACUCUAGGAGUAAUAGUUCAAUUUCUACAGGGAGUAAUGCGUCGAAAACUCAGGGGAAGAACCUUUUGCCUGAUCCAAAAUCAAAGCCCAAGUCUGGUGGGGAGAACUCAUUGCUUAAAGAGAAGAGGUCAUUUUGGAAUUGGAAGCCCCUGAAGGCGUUUAGCCAUAUCCGAAACUGUAGGUUUAACUGCUGCUUUUCUCUCGAAGUUCAUUCCAUCGAAGGGUUGCCGUCGAAUUUGAACGGCAUUAGUCUCUGUGUGCAUUGGAAGAGGAGGGAUGGGAUUUUCGUUACUAGUCCGAUGAAGGUUGUUCAAGGCGUGGCAAAAUUUGAGGAGAAAUUGACUCACACAUGCUCUGUGUACGGUAGUAGGAGCGGGCCCCAUCAUUCGGCAAAGUAUGAGGCAAAGCAUUUCUUGCUAUAUGCUUCUGUGUUUGGUGCACCGGAACUUGAUUUGGGGAAGCAUAGGGUUGAUCUCACGAGGUUGCUUCCUCUGACAUUGGAGGAAUUAGAGGAGGAGAAGAGCUCAGGGAACUGGACAACGAGUUUUAAACUAUCAGGAAAGGCUAAAGGUGCAACACUUAAUGUGAGUUUUGGGUAUACGGUGCUUAAGGAUAAUUCCACUGCAUCAAGAAAUAGCCAGAAUGCUCCUGAGGGGGUGAUUUCAAGGCAGAGUAGCUCGAGUUUGGCAAAAGCAGGGACCAAAUAUGGUCAGGUUGAUGCCAGGACAACUAUGCAGCGUGGUGAAAGUCUUCCUAAUUCGCGCUCAAGGGCCUCAUCUCGCUCCGUAGAGGACAUAAGGGAUCUUCACGAGGUUUUACCAAUAUCAAAGUCGGAACUAUCCAGUUCAGUUAAUGUGCUCUAUCAGAAAUUUGAUGAAGAAGAGAAGUCGGGCACUCCAGCUGUUUACAAGCCUGAACUUGAAGUGCUCACCGAGACUGUUGAGUCCAUAAAGACGACUUCCUUCCCCUCGCCUGUUUCUAGUAAAGUAACAGUAGAGGAUGAGUGUGAAGAGGAUGACUUUUCUGUAGUUGAGCAGGGGAUAGAACUGCCAUCAAAGGAAGUGAUGGAACCAGAAAUUAUUACAGAGGCUACUGAUGCUUCUGCAGCAGAAGGUCAUGUUGCUGAAAUCACCACUGGACAGGUAGCAGCUGAAGAAGGAAAUGAGGUCCAUUCCCAGGUUGAGGGACAAGGUGGUUGUAUGGAUGGACUUGUGGUAUGUAAUUCUAGUUCCAAAGAAGAUGGCUUAUGCACCAAAGAAUCACUUAUGAAAGACCUAGAGUCGGCUUUAAGUAUUGUGUCAGAUUUGGAGGCAGCAGGACUAGAAUCUCCUGAACACCUAAAAUGUUAUGUAGAUGAUAAACUAUAUAAAAGAAAUAUGAUGGGGAGUCCAUGUAGCUUGGAUGAUGUUACAGAAAAUGAGUUCUUGAGCAUGCUAGGGAUAGAGCAAAGUCCAUCUUGCAUUAGCUUUGAGAGUGAACCUGAGUCUCCAAGAGAGCGUCUGCUAAGACAGUUUGAGAAGGAGACACUCGCCGCGGGUUGUUCUUUGUUUGAUGAAUUUGACAUAGUAACCGAUGACCAAGCAGAAUGCAGCUACCGUGAUGCAGCUGGGUCUGAUUGGGGCCACCUGUCUGAGAGUUUUGAUCUUUCUGCCAUGAUUCAAGCUGCAGAGGAGGAGCAUCAGAUGGCAGCUCAACCAGCAAGGAGUAAAGCAAAGGCCAAAAUGUUGGAAGAUUUGGAGACAGAAGCAUUAAUGCGUGAGUGGGGUUUGAAUGAGAUGGCGUUUCAGCAUUCUUCCCCAAAAAGCUCUCAUGGUUUUGGAAGUCCAUUAGAUUUGCCUCUUGAAGAUCCACUUGAACUGCCUCCCCUUGGAGAAGGCAUAGGCCCUUUUCUUCAGACAAAGAAUGGAGGAUUUGUACGGUCAAUGAACCCCACACUUUUCAAAAAUGCUAAAAGUGGUGGUGACUUGAUCAUGCAGGUUUCUAGCCCUGUUGUGGUACCAGCAGAAAUGGGCUCUGGGGUAAUGGAUAUAUUGCAGCAUUUGGCAUCAGUAGGAAUCGAAAAGCUUUCUAUGCAGGCAAAUAAGUUAAUGCCCUUGGAAGAUAUUACUGGAAAGACGAUGGAGCAAGUAGCAUGGGAAGCUGUGCCUGCUUUGGAAGGACCUCAGAGGGAUUGUAUCUCGCAGCAUGAAUCAGUUGUUGGGCAAGAUGUACCAGAUGGGCGAACAAGAGUCAAAGGAAGUUCAUCUGGGCCCAAGUCUAAGAAGUCUAAGAAAAACACAGUUGGCGAUGAGAUGGCCUCAGAAUAUGUUUCUUUAGAAGAUCUUGCACCUUUAGCCAUGGAUAAAAUUGAAGCACUUUCAAUUGAGGGGUUGAGAAUACAAUCUGGGAUGUCAAAUGUGGAUGAACCUUCAAGCAUUAGCACAGAGUCUGUUGCGCAAAACCCAGCUCUCCAGGGCAAGGGUGUUAAUGUUGGUGAAUUCCUUGGUUUGGAGGGAGCUGCUGGAUUGCAGUUGCUGGACAUAAAAGAUGGUGGUAAUGAUGUUGAUGGACUAAUGGGCCUUUCAUUAACUCUUGAUGAAUGGAUGAAACUUGAUUCUGGUGAGAUUGAUGAUGAAGAUCAUAUUAGUGAGAGAACUACCCAAAUCCUUGCUGCUCAUCAUGCAAACUCUUUGGACAUGAUUCGCGGGGGGUCGAAGGGAGAGAGAAGGCGUGGUAAAGGAGCAAGAAAGUGUGGGUUAUUGGGGAAUAAUUUCACAGUAGCAUUAAUGGUGCAACUUCGUGAUCCACUAAGAAACUAUGAGCCUGUUGGGGCUCCAAUGCUUGCUCUUAUUCAAGUUGAGAGAGUGUUUCUCCCACCAAAGCCCAAGAUUUACAGCACAGUUUCUGAACUAAGGAAAAGUAAUGAAGAGGAUGAUGAGUCUGGGUCAGUGGUGAAAGAGGACAUCAAAGAGGAGAAAAAAGAUGAGAAACUUCCUGAAGAGGAAGCUAUUCCUCAGUUUAAAAUCGCUGAAGUCCACGUCGCUGGUCUGAAAACGGAGCCCGGAAAAAAGAAGCUAUGGGGUAAUACAAACCAGCAACAAUCAGGUUCCCGCUGGUUGCUUGCUAAUGGAAUGGGGAAAAACAAUAAGCAUCCAUUUUUGAAGUCAAAGGCCAAGGCUGCUCCGAAAUCUUCUACUUCAGCAACAACAAAGGUGCAGCCUGGUGAUACGUUGUGGAGCAUCUCUGCUCGUGUUCAUGGCGAUGGAUCAAAAUGGAAGGAAUUGGCGGCUCUAAAUCCGCAUAUAAGGAACCCCAAUGUUAUCUUACCAAAUGAAACUAUCAGAUUGUGCUGAGUGCUUGGUGGCCUUGAUUUAUACCCUUUUGUGGGAUUUUGACCUUUUCAGCUGGCUUGUUACUGGAGUCCAUGUAAAGAGGUAGUUCACAGAGUCCAGACUCCAGACAAGGUUGAUUGUUGUGCACGUGAUGUUAUUCUUGUAUUUGCUUGAAACAUGCUCAACCGACGGGCAACAAGAGAUAUAAAUCCAUCUCAUGUUCAAUUCUAUCAUCAUUUCUGUUGUAAAUUCAUAGGUCUUGCAAGUACUCGUGCAAUAAUAGUUAUGUCAAAGCUUUUAUUUGCUGCAAUUAGCGUGCAACAGUUGGAAUGUUUUGCAAUGAAAUGAAUAAAUUUUUUGGUA